GCGCGUCUACGCGCGUGCGUGCUGAGGAGAGGACCCGAAGGGGAUCACUUCCGGUGGCUGUGGAGCAAGCGGGGCCGAGAAGCCGGAUGUCAGCAUCGGCUGGAGGAGAUGGUGGUGUCAACGCUGGACAUGCCUGCUCAGCCCAUGGGGAUGGUUGCUGAUGUGGUCUUCGUCAUUGAGGGCACUGCUAAUCUCGGACCCUACUUUGAAUCCUUGCGCAAGCAUUACCUUCUUCCGGCCAUUGAAUAUUUUAAUGGUGGACCCCCAGCUGAAACAGAUUUUGGAGGAGAUUAUGGUGGCACCCAGUACAGCCUGGUGGUGUUCAAUACGGUGGACUGCGCGCCCGAGUCAUACGUGCAGUGCCAUGCACCAACGAGCAGCGCUUACGAGUUUGUCACGUGGCUUGACAGCAUUCAGUUCGUGGGUGGCGGCGGCGAGAGCUGCAGUCUCAUCUCCGAAGGGCUCAGCACUGCUCUGCAACUCUUUGAUGACUUCAAAAAGAUGAGAGAGCAAAUAGGCCCCACGCACAAAGUUUGCAUCCUGAUCUGCAACUCCCCACCCUACCUGCUUCCAGCUGUGGAGAGCACCACAUACUCUGGCUAUACAACGGAGAACCUGGUGCAGAAGAUUGGUGAGCGUGGAAUCCACUUCUCUAUUAUCUCCCCACGGAAGUUGCCAGCCCUGCGCAUUCUCUUUGAGAAAGCCGUGACGGGGGGCAUGUUGGAGACCCAGCUCAAGGACUACAGCCAGGACCCCCGGCAUAUGAUCCUCAUCCGUGGCAUGGUGCUUCCAGUUGGAGGAGGAGCCGCCGCCAACUCCCUACAGCCCAAACAGGCCGUGCCGCCGCCCCAGCUGCCCACCGUGCCGCCCCAGCUCCCUGCCGCCCCGCCUUCGGUUUCUCAGCCCUACCAGGUGACGCCGUCCCCAACUCUCACCGCUGCCCAGGCCGCCGCUCAGUCCGCCGUGGAGGCUGCCAAGAACCAGAAAGCCAGCCUGGGCACCCGCUUCACCCCCUUGGGCCACAUGCAGAACGCCUUCAGCCAAGCUCCCACGCAGACGCUCCCGGCGGGCUCCGUCCCAGCCCUGCCUCAAAAGCUCCCCGCCUCCUCUCAGUCCAGCCUGGUCUCCACGGUAACCACAGGAUCCAGCCUGCUGGUCCAGCCGCCCGUGCAGCCUCCGCCGCAGUCCGGUGCCUCGGCCAUGCAGUCCACUGGCGUGCCUUCCGGCGGUAUGAACGUGACCCAGCCGACGCAGGCCCAGCUGGGCGCCACCCAGCAGUCGGUCACAAACAAGGUGAUGGCGUGGAGCGGCGUGCUGGAGUGGCAGGAGAAGCCCAAGCCAGCUUCUGUGGAUUCCAACAAGCUGACGCGUUCCCUGCCCUGCCAAGUGUACGUCAAUCAAGGAGAGAACCUGAAGGCCGAGCAGUGGCCCCAGAAGCUCAUCAUGCAGCUGAUCCCCCAGCAGCUCUUGACGACUCUGGGCCACCUGUUUCGCAACUCCCGCAUGGUACAGUUCCACUUCACCAACAAGGAUCUGGAAUCGCUGAAGGGGCUCUACCGGAUCAUGGGCAAUGGAUUUCAGGCGGGCUGUGUUCACUUCCCUCACACGACCCCCUGUGAGGUGCGGGUGCUGAUGCUGCUGUAUUCCUCCAAGAAGAAGAUCUUCAUGGGGCUCAUUCCCUACGACCAGAGCGGCUUCGUCAACGGCAUCCGGCAGGUCAUCACCAACCACAAGCAAGUCCAGCAGCAAAAGCAGAUGGGGGGGUCCCAGCCCUUGGGGUCCGCGCCCAACUCCCAGCCCUUCCUAACAAAGCAGCCUGGCGCUUUGCCAGUGACGCAGGGGGUCCAGCAACAGAUGGGUAGCCAGCAGGUGAGCCCCGGCAUGCCUCAGGUGGGGAUCAUGGAAGAACAGCAACGGCAGCAACAGGGGCUGUUGCAACUCCGAGUACAGCAGCCUCAGACAGCCGCCCCACCCACCAGCCAACCCCCACAAGCGUCAGGCCCCCCACAGUCUGGGCCACAGGCCACCCAAGGGGGUACUAUGCUCCGGCCCCAAAACCCAGGAGCCAAUCCUCAGCUCCGAAGCCUCCUCCUGAGCCAGCAGCCGCCCCAGCCCGGCGUUCCUCAGUCCCAGCAGCCCCUCCACCACCUCCAGCAAGGCUCUCCAGGCAUGUUGCCGCACCAGCCCAUGGGGCAGGCUCUGGGGCAUCAGCCUCCUGGGCAGCAGCAGCUCCAGCUCUCCAGCCAGCCCCUCAUGCACCAAGCCCCCGGACAACAGUGGCCGGCCCAGAUGGCCCCUCGGGCACCGUUGCAAGGUCAAAUGCUGAUGAACACUGGUCCCCGGGGCCCUGUAUCUCAGCCAGGCCUGCAGCAGGUUCCAGCCCCCAGCAUCAUGGAGGACGACAUCCUCAGGGACCUCAUCUGAUGGCGGAGGAGAGCCCUGCUCCCGUCUCAACCAGGGCUGGAAUUGCUUCUGUGCUCUGGAGCUGCUUCCCUCCUGGAGAAUGUUACCGUUCCUUUCUCUUGUGCGUAAUUCCCCCCCCCCCCCCAAAUGUAUUAAUAAAUGUUAUCCUCUUCCCUU